UGGGGACAGGAGGCAAAGUACAAGGGAGGCAAACAGAGGAGCUGGGAGUGUGUGUGCGUGUGUAUACAGUAUGUGUGUGUGUGUAUACAUGUGAUUGUGUGUGUACAGUGUAAAUGUAGCAAACUGAGAGCAGGACUUUGUGACUGCUAGACAGCAGAAGAGCCUUAAGGGAAACUGGAGUCAGACUUGGCAGGCAUAAAGAAGACUUGCUUCUAGAUACAGAUAAGAGUAAGGUGAAAGGGGCAGGAUUUGGGAGGGGUGAUUGAUCAUUAAUAGUAUACAAAGGGACCCAUAGGUUUGAGAGAUUUGUCCCUGGGGAGGAGGAGGAGCACUUAGGGAAGUAGUUGCCAGAAGAAACAGGGAACCCCCACCUCCUUCUCUCUCCCACUCCUCCUCCCCCCUUCCUUGGAGAGGCCUCCCAGUCCCAACACAACACCCAGCUGCAAGGGACACAGAAGGCAAGGGAGUGGGACUGUUACUACUAUUACUACCACUAGGAACUGAGGCAGAAGGAGGACGAGGAGGGUGUGACUAGAAAGGGAGGGUGAGUUGAAGGUGAGAGAACGUCUUGCAGAAAGAGAAAGAAAUUGGUGAGAGAGAGAGAGCGAGAAAAGUAAGUGAUAUUAGAGAGUAACACAUAGGGCACACAGGAGGCUGACACAGGGCUGAUAAUAAGAAGCAGGCUACAGAGACAUCUGGAGGUCUGAAGAUCACCCAUCACUGGACUGGCAGCAAUGUGCCCCUCGCCUGGGCAGUCAUCUGGAAAGAGACCCUGGAGGUGCUGUUAGUGAGAACCUCAGCUGAGACUUUCAAGCCAUUGUGGAAUUCCCCCCUCACCCUACCACCCAGCAGCACCCCCAAGCUCCGCUGAGGGGCUCCUCGCAGAUGAUGCUGGACAGGGGCAAGGUGCUGGUUUGGGAGUGGCAGGAUGAGGGCUCCCUCUGGAAGCCGUACAGCCCGCAGCUGGCUCAUUACAUCGAGCAGGUGCUCCGGGAGAACCCCCGUGCCAGCUCCGUCAGCCUGGGUGAGGCAGAUACCAGCCUGACCCCGUAUAUCUUGGACCUGAUCUCCAUGAACCAGUUCCGGCUGGACACAGGAACACUAUAUCCAGUCAGGAGAGUGAGCUUUCCUCUUUCCACUGCCCCUGGGCAAUGUAUUGCGUGGGAAUGGGAAGAGCUUCCAGGGCACUGGGUCCCUUUUGAAACCCGAUUAUCAGUCUUGAUCCAGGAGGCCUUGGAAAGACAGCAGUUGGGUGUUCGUCUUGGAGAGUCUUGCAGUGGGUCCCAUGUAUGCUUUCAGACUAUGACCCAAAUACUAUUCCCCUCGCAGAAAAGGAUUAGAAUCCGGGCUCGGGCCCAGAAACCCUAUCCCACUGUUGGCAUCAAACGUCCUCCAACUGAGUUCCAGACUGCAUUGGCCCAACAUCUGAGUGGGAAUAUAAAUUCCAGACAUGGGUCACUUAAUGCUUAUGGAAGUCCUGUGACCUUCAGCCAAGGUCUAGCAGAUUACAACCAGGGACUAGUGAAUGCUAACCAUGGACUUGUGAGAUCUGACCGAGGUGUUCCUAACUACAACCAAGAAUUUGUGAACUUUAACCGAGGACUAGUAAACAUAAACCAAGGGCUGGUGAACCCCAACCAGGGAAUAAUUAACUCAAGCCAUUUAUUAGUGAACUCCAACCCACUAACUAGGAACUCUCAACAGAGGACAAUGAACGCUAGACUUGACCCAAUGAAUUCCAAUUAUGGCUUGGCUGAUGCUAGCCCCACCUUGGGAAAUUCAAAUAAUGAAAUAAUGAACUCCAAUCAGAUAUUAAUGAACUUUAACUCUGGUGUUGUAAAUUUCAGUACUGAACCAUUGCACUCUAAUGAUGGACUUGUGGAUUCUAAUGACCUACUAGUAAAUUACAACCAAGACGUAGACAAUACCAGCAAUGAACUAAUUAACUUUGAUGCAAAUGUAAUAAGUCCAAGUUAUACCCCGUCUUACGGCAAAACCACUGCACUGAACUACAGUCCUGAGCCAGGAAAUCCAAACCCAAUGAUUUUUGACUCCAAUAUUGGAUUACCAAGUACUAGUCCUCAAUGGGCACACAUGGAUUCUGACUGUAGGCUUGAUAAUGCUAGCCCUACAUUUGUGCGUUCUAUUUCUAGACAAGCAGAUUCAAGAACUGGGCUGGUUAGGUCAGACUCGAAUUACAAAGCCUUUAGACCUGAUGUAGUAAGGUCAGAAUCGAGGACUGCAGGCUGCACAACUGUUUUCAAAAGGUCCAAUUCUAGAUGUGAAGAAUGCAGAUCUGAAAUAUAUAUGUCAGAUGCUAGAUCUCCAGAGAUUAGACCUGAAAUGCUAAGAUCUGAUUCUAGACCUAUUGAAUAUAAGCCUGAAUUUGUCAGAUCUAAUUCUAGGCCUGCUGACUUCCAGCCUGGCUUGGUCAGGACUAACUCUAAACUUGGAUUUGCCAGAUCAGAUUCUAGGUCUGCUGAAUUUAGACCAGCACUGCUUAGAUCUGCCUCCCGGCAUGAUGAAAUUCAAUCUGUGGUAAUGAGAUCCGACUGUAGAAAUGUAAUCUCUAGACCUGGGUUUGUUAGAUCGUAUUCUAGGCCUGCAGAUCCUAAGCCGGAACUAGUUAGGUCUCCAUCAAGAUCUACUGACUCACACAAUCACUUCAGGGCUGGCAUAGCCGGCAGAAGUCUAUCUCGUUCAGCAUCACUCAGGGGAAGUAGAAGCCCCCCACCUUGCACCUGUCCACAAUGCCUCCUGGUGCAGAGUGUGAAAUCAGCCAGCUGGCCUGGGCGACCGUCACUGAAGACGCCAGUUAAGGGACAGUGGCAUGACAGUCACCGACGUGAAAGGGGCAGAAGCAUCACUAGGGUGCCUCCAGUGCCUCUCAGUAAUAUAGAAGGCUCAGGAAUGAUCUCGCCAGCUCUGGCAGGAAUUAGUGGCCUCCUAAUGAGUGCUGCAGGGCUUCCAGUCUGUCUGUCCAUCUCCACUUCCCCUGUUUUCUGUCCACCACCUGUAAAGAAGAAGGACCUUCGACCAGUGCCUGGCGUCCAAGGAAGCAGUCGAAAAAUCGGUAAUCAGAAAGGUAAAAAGCCAGCGGAGAUGAUAAAACAAUUCUUGCAAAGAGUGAAGACCCUGCCAUCAGAGGACUGCACUUUGUGCAAGCGGACUCUGGCAGAGGGUGAAAUUGGCAGGUUAUACCGGUGCUCUCAUACCUACCAUGUUCGAUGCCUGGCACCUUUGUACAAGGAUGGUACUUUGCGCUGCCCUACCUGCCAAACUUUGUUUGGGGCGAAGAUAGGGUCGCAACCUCCUGGGAAGAUGUCGUUUCACAUCAUUCCUCAUUCCCUGCCUGGGUACCCAGACUGUGAAACCAUACGCAUUAUUUAUCACAUCAGUCCUGGAGUGCAGGGUCCAGGACAGCCCCACCCAGGAAUGAAGUACACCGCUCCUGACUUCCCUCUCCACUGUUACCUCCCUAACACAAAGAAAGGCAGAGAGGCUCUUCUUCUCCUAAUUAAAGCCUGGGAACGUCGCUUACUCUUUCCUGUCCACCCCUCACGUGCUCCUGGUGUUCCAGAUUCUGUCUCCAUAUCCCGGAUCCCACACAAGACAGAAUUUGGUUCCAACGUUACUGGAAAAGGAUUCCCGGAUUCCCGCUAUCUGGACAGUGUCUUGCGGCAGUUACGAGACUGGGGCUUGACUGGGGACUGAUCUACUGGAUCCAAUGCCAGUGACAAACCAGCAUAGUUUGCUAAAAUUUUUCACCAUGGUUACAUUAACCAGACAUUCCUCAAGUAUACCGUUCUCUGCUUUUAGUGCAGAAAAGAGUAUUUACAUUUUGUAUAUAUAUAUAUUUCUGUGUUUGUACAUGUUUUUUUUCCUCUUAGAGUGUGGGUUCUUUGCAGGUUCUGCUCUAUUUAAUAAUUCAGUUUGCUAUGGGCAAUUGCCUUUUAGUCCGUUUUUUUUCUUCCAUUUAAUUUUUUUUUUUGCUCUUUAAAGUUUCUAUUCCUGAAAGGUGAUCACUUUACUUAUUUUAAAGUUGAGGCCUCUUAGUGCCUCUUUUUGGGGCAGAUGUACUGAGCCUUGGAGAGUGAUAAAUUGAAGAGCGAUAAACAACCAACCAAUCUGCUCCUGUCAUAUUUCAAAUGCAUCCUGUAACAUGGCAGUUAGGAGCUGAUUGGCUGGUACUUUCUCUCUCCAUCACUCUCCAAGGUUUCAGCGCCUUCGGUUGGGAUUGUUAUAUCUUCAAUAAAACAGUGGGUACGUUGCAGUAUGGCUGGACACAGAUGUAUCUAACAAUAGAUACAAAUACAAAUGAAAAUUAAAGAUAUUGCCGGGACAACCGAA